AACCGUUAUCAUGUCUAUACUAAUGUACAAAAAAGUAAUAUUAUAAAUAAAUGUCCAUGACGCACAAUGUCAAAAGGCUCCUAACGUAAAUGGAGCAUCAACCAUACACUGAAGAUGACAUGACUACUACAACUACUACUACUCUUACUUCUCCCCUGGAAAACACCACCACCGGAAUCCACCAGAAUUCUGAUGCUACUCCUGGCGGCGGCACUCGACAUCCGGUCUAUCGAGGUGUUCGGAAGCGGCGGUGGGGUAAAUGGGUGUCUGAAAUUCGAGAACCUAGGAAGAAAUCAAGAAUUUGGCUAGGGUCAUUUCCCCUUCCAGAAAUGGCCGCUAAAGCAUAUGAUGUCGCCGCCUAUUGUCUUAAAGGCCAUAAUGCACAGCUUAAUUUUCCUGACGAGGUUGCUGAUUUGCCUAGGCCGUCCACGUGUACGGCUAGGGACAUUCAAGCAGCCGCAGCAAAGGCAGCGAAUUCAUUUGUUGCUGUUCAAACUAGUGAUAUACCAAAUAUCAACGAGGACGAGGGUGAUAUCAACGGCGACGCCGAUGAUUUUUGGGGCGAAAUUGAAUUGCCUGAGUUGAUGAGCAGUGAUGGGUUCAAUUGGAGUUCUUGUUUAUGGAGUAAUGGUGCAGCCGGUGAGUUAGCGUGGCAUGAUGGUGAGGCUAACCAGCAGUUCAUGGUGCUACUAUGAGUUAAAUCAUAAAUGUAGCAGUUUAUUUAAAAUAAGAAGAUUCAUGUGUAUUUUUGCAUUAGUAUAUACUAUAGUAUAGUAUGAAACUUGGCCUGUACUAUAUAUUUUAGGUAGUUCAUAAUAAAUUUUAGACCAAUUUAUUCUAAGGCUGUCUCUUUAAAUA